AUGGGGGAUAUCGGUACAAAUCUGCUCCUGCAGAGGAUAGCUGAACAAGCCCGCGAACAGAGCACGAUACGCGACGCAGCACUGGAGAACAAAUUUCGAAAGCUGCCCAAUCCAACGUCGCCCAGAAACGACAAUUUGGUGCACAACCUGUCAUCAAAGGAGCUGACGAAGGAUCAGAUGCAGGUUUGAAGGCACGAAGCUUCAUUUAACACGGCUGACGCCAAACCUGUUAACAUGAUUGCAGCAGUGGAAUCAAUCCUUUGUCAGACGGAGGCAACGGAGGAGACUAAGAACCUCAUUCAGCACCAGGUGUCGUCUCUCCUAAUGGCCCACAGGCCGCGGAAAGUGCUUUCCAAGGUCGAACGUGAUGCGCUUAGAGAACUCAAGGCCGACAAAGACUUGGGCAUCGUGCCAGCGGACAAGGGGCGCUCCACGGUUGUGCUGGACAGGACAGACUACCUUCAAAAAGCCAAAGGUCUACUGGAGGACCGAGAGUUCUAUGUCCCAUGUGCAACGAACGCUGUAAAAGCGCUGACACGCGAAAUCAAUGCUACGUUGUUGGCCUUGGAGAACUCAGGUGCAAUAACACCGACCGACAGACGCAUGGUGAGACCCUAAGAUGCGGCUUUGGCCCGAUUCUAUGGCCUCCCUAAGGUGCACAAAGACGGCGCUCCUCUCCGACCCAUCGUGUCGCUCAAAGGGACUCCAACGUACGGACUGGCUAAGUGGCUGUUCCGGCGUCUCAAGUUCCUGACCGCUGAGUCAGACACCACGGUCUCUUCGUCAGCACAAUUUCUGGAGUAACUCAAAGGGGUAAGCAUCCAUCCAAAUGAGGUCAUGGUAUCUUUUGAUGUUACAUCCCUUUUUACUUCUAUUCCCCAGGACCUGGCGAUCGAGACAAUUGAACUGCUACUACAAAGCAAAUACAAUGAAACGGAGAACCGUCUUGGACACGCCCAAAUCCUUCAGCUUCUGAAGCUCUGUCUCAGGACGUACUUCACGUUCGACGGGACAAUCUACGAACAGGUGAAGGGCACACCAAUGGGUUCGCCGAUUUCGGGAUUCAUCGCCGAGGCGGUCCUGCAACGGUUAGAGUCGCUGGUCUUCCAACACCACAGACCGAAAUUCUGGGCCCGGUAUGUGGAUGAUACCUUCGUCGUCAUCGAACGGGAUCAGGUGUUGACAUUCCGAGAACAUCUCAACGCCGUCUUCCCGGACAUUCAAUUUACGAUGGAGGAGGAAGAGAACAACCAGUUGGCCUUCCUGGAUGUCCUCGUAUGCCGCAAGGAUUGUGGUGGACUAAAGACCAAAGUGUUCAGGAAAGCGACAAAUACGAUGCAAGUACUGAACUUCAACAGUAACCACCCAAUCAGCCACAAACGCAGUUGUGUAAGGACGCUCUAUCGGCGUGUCGAAACGCACUGCAGUAAGCCGGAAGACGAAAUUGCUGAACUACAAUACCUCCGACGGGUCUUCAAAGCCAAUGGCUACCCGCGCAACUUUGUCGACCGGUGCAUACGCAGAAGGGACGAAAGGCCUAACUGCAGGGACACCAAAGUUUGGCGAGCGCUUCCAUAUGUCAAGAACGUUUUGGAAGCUGUCGGCCGCCUUCUCGCACCACUUGGGGUUGGAGUUGCCCACAGGCCGGAGGCAACCAUCAGGCGUCAGUUGAUGAAACCAAAAGACCCACUGCCACGGCAAGAAACGUCUGGAGUCGUUUAUCGGAUCUGGUGCAGUUGCGGACAAAGCAACUACGUCGGAGAAACCGGAAGACAGCACCGAACGCGAAUGGCCGAACACGCGGCAGCGGUGCGCAGAAAUGACGCCAGCUCUCAAGUUGCGGCUCAUUCGACGAGAUCCGGCCAAACCAUCAAAUUCGAUGAGGCCGAAAUUCUCGCAAGAGGUGACAACCGCGUGAGUCGGAAGCUGCUUGAGUCAUGGUUCACUGGCCCCCAGUCUAUUAACAAGUGCAAUGAUCUUCCCAUUCAAUACAGCGUGCUGAGACUUCGUCUAGGCGGAGUACUUGGCCACGCGGGGAGCGCGCAGGUGAACAAUUUUCCCAACACCAGGGUCAGCCCGUCAGAUGGUCGAGCAAUCAUCACGCCAACAUCCAACGCACGUGAUGAAAUUGCAGCAAUUAACGACGCGAAUAUCGACCAUCACGCCACGCGCAACGAUCCCUGA